AUACAACUGUAUAACAUUUUCUUUCUCCCUUCCCUUUCAUUUCGAAAAGUAUUUGAAUAAAAUGAAACCUCUCCCUUUCUAGUUGCUAUACAAGGAAAGUACAACACUCACCAUUACUAGUACUACCAUAAGCUUUCUUUUCUUAAAAGAUAAAGUUGGUCAGACGAAGUCAAUAAUCUUCCUAAAGUCGUUUUAUCCAUCCUUUAAAAACGACCACAAUGGCAUGAAUGUAAAGCCAUAGCUUUUGGUUCAUUAUAAUACAAUUAAUUAAGUAUUCUCUCUGUAUAUCAUAUCGCCUCUAUCUUUCUUUAAUUAGCAGUAGAGAGUUUUAGACAUGGGAAGAGCUCCAUGUUGUGACAAAGCUAACGUUAAACGAGGGCCUUGGUCUCCUGAAGAAGAUGCCACUCUCAUUAACUAUCUUCAAAAACAUGGCACUUCUGGCAAUUGGAUUUCUUUGCCUCGCAAAGCAGGGCUUAAACGAUGUGGCAAGAGUUGUCGUUUGAGAUGGUUGAAUUAUUUGAGACCAGAUAUCAAGCAUGGAGGUUUUACUGAAGAAGAAGAUAAAAUCAUUUUGUCGCUCUAUAACAGCAUGGGAAGUAGGUGGUCUUUCAUGGCUUCUCAGCUUCCAGGAAGAACAGACAACGAUGUGAAAAAUUACUGGAACACCAGAUUAAAGAAAAAGCUGUUGGCAGUGGCAGGCAAGAAUACUAAUAUUAAUUCCAGCAGGGGAAGCAAAAAAAGCAACAAUACUAACAAUAUCAUGGAAAAAUCUUUGAUCUCCAUUCCAGAAGCUGAUCAGUCAACCUAUACUAUAAAUCCUGAAAAUUCCAGUAGCUUGUUGCCGCCCUUAACGGAUAUGGGUUUCGAGCAAAACUAUUACUGUGAUAUUCCACAAGAGUUGAAUCUUGAACAAAAAAACCAAUUAAUUCCUUUGUCAUCAACUUUUAUGGAACUUCCAAAUUUUAGCCCAUAUGGCUGUGACAAUAAUUACAUUACGACCAGUACCGUUUCAAGUCUUUCUUCUCCAUCUUCCCGAGAAACUCUAAUGAACAACAACCUCAGAAGCGCAGCCGUCGGUGAUGGUAGCAGCCUACUACUGGAUGAGGAUGGCAUUUUUCUACCAGACAUUGAAUUGCUUGAUCAGUCAUCUUAUUAUUAUGAGCAGGUUAACGUCUUUGGUAAUUUUUCAUAAAAAUCUAGCUAAUUGCAGUGAAAUUUCAACAUAUUUAGGUAAUAUCAGUAUUUAAUAUUUUACUAGUAGAUUAUUAGUUACUUAGCUAGCUAACACCUCCAAUUAAACUCUAAUUGGUCAAAUAUUUCUCUAAGUGAAUACUUAAUAAAUAACAAUUAAUAUAUAUAUUAGAAGUGUUAAAUUAAAGUAUAUUAGUAUGGGAUAAUUGUGUAAUACUAUAUAGAAGUCAUGCAUGUGGGUGAGGUAUUGUUUUUCAGGAUGGUUUUGGUAAAUUUGGUCAUGUGAGUGUGGUUUUCGUUUGAAAGUUUGUUUGUUUUAAGUAUAAUAUAUGCUUUUGAAGUGAAGUGUGUUCACGAAGGAGAGGAUAAUUAAUGAAGUCAUCAAAACGUUCGUUUUGGAUUGU